AAGCAAAGAGCGCAUCACAGGGAGAAGCAUGGUUUGAACGGGAACACGUACAGUACACUCGCUUUGGAUUGCCAGACGGCAGGGAAAGCUGUAAAGGAUGCGAAGUAUGAACUUUUAAAGAUUGUUAGUGGUGUUGCGUAUAAUGACGGUGAUGCGUAAAUGUCUCCGAGCCUCCAUUUGGAGUAGGUGGUAGGUCAUAUCAAAAUUUAAUUUUUUUAAAGUUGACUGUCAAACAAACUCUGAAGUAAGCUACUGUUGAGAACAGACGUCAUUGGCACGGAUGCUGUUGGAUGUCGCCCCGUGUCUGCUCUCCUCCGUCUGUCUCUUUGAACUCUUUUGAGCCAUGGCUUACUCCCAGCUUGGAUACUCCUACCCUACCACACCACAGUUUCUGACGACCUCCAGCUCUCUGUCCAGUGGUUUGGAACCGGGAACGCCUCCGUCACACCCAGGCCACCAGCUCAACUCUGGCACCGGCAUUGGAGUGUACAGCGGCCCUUAUGCAAAGAGCCAAAGUUACUACAACACCUGCGCCAGCGACGCCACCGCUCUCUAUUCCAGAGGACCACCAGACCCUAAAGACGGAGCUGCAUCUGCACAUGUAGGAACAUCUCAGACUCCUGCCUACUAUCCUUAUGAAUACACAUUGGGACAGUAUCCCUAUGACAGAUAUGGGUAUUCCUGCUCUGAUGGUGCGUCCCGUCGUAAAAAUGCAACCCGAGAGACCACCAGCACGCUGAAGGCUUGGCUGCAGGAACACCAGAAGAACCCCUAUCCCACAAAGGGAGAGAAGAUAAUGCUUGCUAUCAUUACUAGGAUGACCCUUACACAGGUGUCUACUUGGUUUGCCAAUGCACGCAGAAGGCUAAAGAAGGAGAAUAAGGUCACGUGGUCACCCCGGGCUUGUAAAAGUUGUGAUGACCGAGGCUGUGAUGAUGACAGUGACGAAGCUGAGAAGCCUCUGAAAUCUGAGAAAGACCUUUCUGAUCAACAGUGUGAAGACAUGCAGAGUGACCUUGAUGACUUUGAACUGCUUGAAUCAGAAGGUUCUGACUGUGAGCAGAAGCCACAGUUUCUGCCUGAGGACAAUAAUGCAAACCCUAACACAGACACCCGACAUCGGCAUCUCACACGCAACCCUGACCCGCCGCAAGGAAAAGAGAGAGCGUCCCCAGGAUGUCACAAACUCACAUCGGUCCAACAGCAAAAAAACACCUAUUAUCCUAAUCAGGACCUUCGAAGUACAGAAAUCAAGCCAAAAAUUUGGUCCAUUGCUCACACUGCUGCGUCAUUAGAUGGCCGAUUGCAUCCAGAAUACCCUCCAUGUAUGCUGUCAUCGACUGGUUCUUCUGGUCCUGGGUAUCCAUCAAACAUGGCGCUGACCAAGGCAGACAGGCAACAGGAAUCACCAGUAGCAUCGCUCAGAGAAUGGGUGGACGGAGUUUUUCAUGGUCCUUCUUUCCAUCAGACCAAACCAGCCGACGUGUGGAAAGGCUUAAAUGAUUCAGACAGCAGAACACCCGGACAAUCCUUUGAAGUAGUUAGGUCUACGUCUUUGUAGUCCAACUAACACAUACAGUACUUUACAGAAUAUUUGAAAGACUGCUGGACUUGGGAUAAAAAGUUUAUAUUUUGUUGUUCUGACUUGACUGUUUGCUAAGGUCCAACCCUUUGUGUUACUGUUAGCUAUUAUGUCUGUCAACCUUUCCCUCCCAACAUAAAGUUUACAGUGAACAAUGACAAAAUCAGGCUUCUUGUUUGUAGCCUACAACCAUCCAUUUUUCCAACUGAAAUGACAUUUUAAACCCUUUAGCUAGCUUGCUAAUUCAGCUAUUGUUAACCAUGAGAUUUUCAAAAAACAUUUUAAUGGCUGGAAUAUGAAUGUGUCCA